CUCCCCAAAUCUGAAAAAAAAAGAAAUAUACAAAAAAAAAAGAAAAGAAAUCUAGGGUUUGACUAAAACCCACCCGCCAUCCCCGUCCACACCAUUGGGGGGUUAAUUAUUCCUUCAAAUUUCCAGAUCAAACCAGAAAAAAAUCCAAUCUUUUUUGAUCUGUAUUCUGGGUUUUUACAGAGAAAAUAAAUUUCAGAUUUUCACACACAGAAAAAAAAUUAAAUUUAUUCUUUUGGAUUUUGAGAUCUAAACAGCGAAAAUGUGGGAAAGAGAAAGUGGAAUUUAGAGAGAGAGAGAGUGAGUGAAGUGGAAAAAAGGAGGAGAAGAGAGCGCGUCUUUUUCGAAGCGGGGAAUUUGAAAAAUUUAUUUUGGUUGGGUGUAAUAUUUAUUCAGUUUUUUUUGUUUUGAUUUUAAUUUAUUUUUAGGGGUUUUUAUAAUUUUGGAUGCAUGCAAUCUGGUGGGUCACAACAAGGAGGGGUAGGUGGUGGUGGUGUUAGUAGUGGUGGGCAUGGAGGUGGAGGAGGAGGAAGGAAUUCAUCACUGCCACCACCUGGUGGUGGUGGUGCUAAUAAUAGGUCAUCUUCAUCUACUUCAGCUGCAUCUCCAUCUUCUUCUUCUUCAGCUGUUUCAGCCCCACAUCAACAGCAACAAGGUGCUGGGGGGUUUGAUUCUUCACAACAGCAUCAGCAGCAGCAACAUCACCAGCAGCAACAGCAGUUGUUUAGACAGUCUUUACAGCAGCAACAACUUAGGAAGUCUGAAGGUGAUGAAUCCUUUUUAGCAUAUCAGGGACGUAAUCUUCACGGAGUUAUGGGAGGAAGCAAUACUCCAUCAUCUUCUGGUUCUAUGCAUUCGCCUCAACAGUUGUCUCAGCAUCAGGUCGCUGCUCACAUGCGGGAGGAUAGUCAGAAUAAGGUUCAGGGUGUAGAGCAACAACAACAUCAACAAACGCCAAAUGCAGUUCAACAGGCUUAUAUGCAGUAUGCUUUCCAAGCUGGUCAGCAAAAGCCGAGUCUUGGUAAUUUGCUGCAAGCGCAACAAGCACAGGCUCAAGCGCAGGCACACGCACAGGCUCAAGCGCAGGCACAAGCACAAGCUCAACAGCAACAACAGAAACAACUACAACAACAACAACAACAGCAACAGAAACAACAAGGUAAAAUGGGGAUGUUGGGUCCUUCAAUGGGUAAGGAGCAGGAUGUACGUGCAUACAAUCAAAGAAUGCAGGAGCUGGCGUCUCUCCAUGCAGCUAACCAAUCACAAGGUUCUGUGUUAAGGAAGCCAGGUGAACCUUUUAUGCACGGUGAAAAGCAGAUAGAACACAGUCAGCAGACAGGGUCUGAACAAAGAAAUGUCUCGAAGCCUCCAUCGCAGGCGGCAGGGAUUGGGCAGUCGAUACCAUCAAACAUGAUGAGGCCUAUUCAGGCUCCACAAGCUCAGACAAGCAUCCAAAACAUUGCGGGUAACGAGUAUGCCAUGGCCCAAUUGAAAGCAAUGCACGCUUGGGCUUUGGAAAGCAACAUUGAUUUAUCACGACCUGAAAAUGCCAGUUUGAUCCCUCAACUCCUUCCAAUUUGGCAAGCUACUAUGGCUGCAUCUCAGAAGUCUAAUGAGGGUGUCAAAGCAGCACAAACAUCGAGGCCGGGGUUAAAUCAGCACAAUAUGGCUUCUCCAACAGUUGGCAGUGACGGUUCAGCACAAACAUCAAGGAUGCCAUUAAAGCAGCAUAAUUUGCCUUCUCCAACUGUUGGUAGUGACAGUUCUGCGCAUGGAAAUUCAUCAAGUGACGUGUCUGGCCAGUCAGGCUCUGCGAAAGCACAAUCAUUAGUUCCUGGUUCCUUUGGGACUACCUCAUCUCCUGCAGUGGGUAAUCCUAAUAACAUUCAGAUGCAGCAUGCUGUUCAAAGUCGGGAGAAUCAGGCCUCUAAACAGCCUAUCUUGAAUGGGAUGCCUCCCAUGUAUCCACCACAGUCUUCUGCGAAUACAAGCCAGGGUGUCGAUUACUCUGCACAAGCGAAGAGUUCACCUGCUUCCUUGGAAAGUUCUCAAGCUCAGCACUUUAGGCAGUUGCAGCAGCUGAACCGAUCCUCACCACAACCGGCUGUCUCAUCUAAUGCAGGAGGUUCUACCUCCUGUGGACCCCUUACUCAAGCAUUGCAACCGCGACUAGGAUUUACCAAACAGCAACUCCAUGUCCUUAAAGCACAAAUAUUGGCCUUCAGGCGGCUAAAGCGCGGUGAAGGCAGUCUUCCUCAAGAAGUUCUUCAGUCUAUUGCCCCACCACCCCUUGAAUCACAACUACAGGUUCAUGUUCCUCCAGGAACAGUUAACCAGGACAGGUCUGCCGGGAGAAAUGUUGAAGAAUCUCCGGGACGGUUGGAAUCUAAGGUAACGGCACCACCAAUUCCACUUUCCAACAGAGGAAGUCAGAGCCUACUGAAAGAUGAGUCCGUUACAGGACAAGAGAAGGCAGCAACAUCCACUGUUCAAAUUCAAGGAGUGACAGGUGGGAUGAAGGAGCCUAUGCAGAUUGGGUCCGUUGCCAAAGAAGGGCAGGGCACCAUGUUCCCAGUUAAGUCUGAGCAGGAAGUUGAACGAGGUAGUCAGAUUAUUCCCCCUGUCAAGGGUGAUUUAGCCGCGGACAGAGGUAUAGCAAUUUCACCACCUGUUGCUGUGUCAGAUGCAAUGCAAGUUGAGAAACCAAAUCAAGCAGGCCCCAUCUCGCAGUCAAAAGAUGCUAGUGUCACGAGAAAGUAUCCCGGACCUCUAUUUGACUUCCCCUUUUUCACAAGGAAACAUGACUCUGGUAGUUCACCAAUGAUGGGAAACAAUGGGAAUAACUUAACUCUGGCAUAUGAUGUGAAGGAUCUGUUGAUGGAAGAGGGCAUGGAAGUGCUUAGCAAAAAAAGGGCAGAGAAUCUUAGAAAAAUUAGUGGGUUACUGGCCGUGAAUUUGGAUAGGAAAAGGAUCAGUCCUGAUCUUGUCGUGCGGUUACAAAUUGAGGAAAAGAAGCUGCGGCUACUAGAUAUUCAGACACGUGUGAGAGAUGAAGUUGAUCAGCAGCAGCAGGAGAUAAUGGCUAUGCCUGACAGGCCUUACCGUAAGUUUGUUCGGUUGUGUGAACGCCAGCGAAUGGAGCUUGCCAGACAAGUCCAGGUCUCUCAAAAGAUGAUUAGAGAGAGACAAUUGAAGUCCAUUUUCCAGUGGCGUAAAAAGCUCCUUGAGGCUCAUUGGGCCAUUCGUGAUGCACGCUCUGCACGCAACAGGGGAGUUGCCAAAUACCAUGAGAGGAUGAUGAGAGAGUUCUCAAAAAAUAAGGAUGACGAUCGGACCAAAAGAAUGGAGGCAUUGAAGAAUAAUGAUGUUGACAGGUAUCGUGAAAUGUUGCUGGAGCAACAGACCAGCAUCACAGGUGAUGCUGCUGAGAGAUAUUCUGUUCUGUCGUCAUUUCUUUCCCAGACGGAAGAAUAUCUUCAUAAGUUGGGAGGGAAGAUAACAGCUGCCAAAAAUCAUCAGGAGGUGGAGGAUGCUGCAAUUGCUGCUGCAACAGCUGCACGAUCUCAGGGUCUCUCAGAAGAAGAAGUUAAAGCUGCAGCAGCUUGUGCUGGGGAAGAAGUGCUGAUAAGGAAGCGAUUCUCUGAAAUGAAUGCGCGGAAGGAAAGUUCAUCCGUUAAUAAAUAUUACAAUCUUGCGCACGCUGUAAAUGAGAAGGUUAUGAGGCAACCAUCAAUGUUACGUGCUGGGACAUUAAGAGAUUAUCAGCUUGUUGGGUUGCAGUGGAUGCUUUCUUUGUACAACAAUAAAUUGAACGGAAUAUUGGCUGAUGAAAUGGGUUUGGGGAAGACUGUGCAGGUAAUGGCACUGAUUGCUUAUCUGAUGGAGUUCAAAGGAAAUUAUGGACCGCAUCUAAUUAUUGUUCCAAAUGCUGUUUUGGUUAAUUGGAAGAGUGAGUUGCAUACUUGGUUGCCAUCUGUUUCCUGCAUUUACUAUGUUGGUGGAAAGGAUCAAAGAGCAAAGUUAUUUUCACAAGAGGUGUGCGCGCUGAAAUUUAACGUGCUUGUUACAACGUAUGAAUUCAUCAUGUAUGAUCGAACGAAGCUUUCGAAAGUUGAUUGGAAAUAUAUCAUAAUCGAUGAAGCACAACGAAUGAAGGACAGGGAAUCAGUUCUAGCACGUGAUCUUGAUAGAUAUCGUUGCCAGAGACGUCUACUUCUUACAGGGACCCCAUUACAGAAUGAUCUGAAAGAGCUGUGGUCGUUACUAAAUUUACUGCUUCCUGAGGUGUUCGAUAACCGCAAAGUGUUUCAUGAUUGGUUCUCAAAACCCUUUCAAAAGGAUGCUCCUGCACAUGAUGCUGAAGAUGAUUGGCUUGAAACUGAGAAAAAAGUGAUCAUUAUCCAUAGACUGCAUCAAAUUUUAGAGCCUUUUAUGCUCAGGCGCCGUGUUGAAGAUGUGGAAGGGUCACUGCCACAGAAGGUCUCCAUUGUUUUGAGAUGUAAAAUGUCUGCUAUUCAAGGUGCUAUAUAUGACUGGGUUAAGGCUACUGGUACUAUUAGGGUUGACCCAGAAGAUGAGUUGAGGAGGGUACAGAGAAAUCCAAAUUACACAGCUAAGACAUAUAAAACUCUUCAAAAUCGAUGCAUGGAACUCCGUAAAACUUGCAACCAUCCUUUGCUCAACUACCCUUAUUUUAAUGACUACUCUAAGGAUUUCCUUGUGAGAUCUUGUGGCAAACUUUGGAUCCUAGACAGGAUUCUAAUGAAACUUCAGAGAACAGGACAUCGUGUAUUGCUCUUUAGCACUAUGACUAAGCUUCUGGAUUUACUGGAAGAGUAUUUGCAAUGGAGGCGCCUUAUUUAUAGAAGAAUUGACGGGACUACUAGUUUAGAAGACCGUGAAUCCGCUAUUGUAGAAUUUAACCGCCCUGAUACUGAUUGCUUCAUCUUUUUGCUGAGUAUCCGUGCUGCUGGAAGAGGUUUGAAUCUCCAGACUGCAGAUACUGUUGUUAUCUAUGAUCCCGAUCCAAACCCUAAAAAUGAAGAACAAGCAGUUGCUAGGGCUCACCGUAUUGGACAGAAAAGAGAGGUUAAAGUCAUCUAUAUGGAAGCAGUGGUUGAUAAAGUAGCAAGCCAUCAGAAAGAAGAUGAAAUGAGAAGUGGUGGUAAUGUUGAUGAUUCGGAAGAUGAUCUUGCCGGUAAAGAUCGAUAUAUUGGAUCCAUUGAGAGCCUUAUACGCAAUAAUAUUCAACAGUAUAAGAUCGACAUGGCAGAUGAAGUUAUUAAUGCUGGGCGCUUUGAUCAGAGGACAACUCAUGAAGAGCGGCGCAUGACAUUGGAGACAUUAUUGCACGAUGAGGAGAGGUGUCAAGAAACUGUGCACAAUGUUCCAUCGUUGCAGGAGGUGAACCGAAUGAUUGCCCGUAGUGAAGAAGAAGUUGAGCUUUUCGACCAGAUGGAUGAGGAAAUGGAUUGGGCUGAGGAUAUGACAAGAUACGAUCAGGUACCUGAUUGGCUCCGUGCUUCUUCUAGGGAAGUUAAUGCUGCUGUUGCUAGUUUAUCUAAGAAACCGUCAAAGAGUGUAAGCAAUGCUGUCGUGGAACCAAGUGAAGUGGGUGCAGAUGGAACACCUCUUAAAACCGAGAGGAGGAGGGGGCGGCCAAAGGGUUCAGGAAAUAGCCGAACUCCAAUAUACACAGAAUUAGAUGAUGAUGCAGAGUUUUCUGAAGCAAGUUCAGAAGAUAGGAAUGACUAUUCUUUGCCUGAAGAGCCUGAAGAAGAGGUGGAAAUAGAGGAGGAAUGUGAGGACGAAGAAGGAAGUCCUGCUAUUUUUGCACCACCAACUAACGAAUCAGUGGAGGAGGGCCCUGGUGAUGGUGGAUACGAAUUACACCGAGCAGUACAGGGAAUUAGAGGCAGCCAUUUAUUUGAGGAAGCUGGUUCUUCCGGGUCUUCUUCUGGGAGUCGGAGAUUGGUGCCAAUAGCGUCUCCAUCAACGUCUGCUCAGAAGUUUGGAUCAUUAUCAGCAUUGGAAUCUAGGCCAGGAUCAAAAAAACUGGCUGAUGACUUGGAAGAAGGAGAGAUUGCUAUUUCUGGCGACUCCCAGAUGGACCUUCAGCAGUCAGGGAGUUGGAUUCAUGACCGUGAAGAUGGUGACGAAGAACAAGUUUUGCAACCAAAAUUGAAAAAGAAACGUACAAUGCGUACUCGCCCAAGACCCACUUUGGAUAGGCUUGAAGAUAGAACUGGCAGCGAAAAAUCCUCUCUCCUUAGAGGGAGCUCAUCUCAGUUGGCAUAUCAGGCAGACUAUGAUUAUGAUAUGCAGUCAAAGACUGAUCCUGAUCUAGAGACCGUCGGCAUGCCUGCUACCAGGAAUGAUCCUGGCAAUUCGGUUGUAAAACACAAGCGGAACAUGCCACUGAGGAGGGGUGGAAAUUCUUCAAAAUCUCAUGUUCCGCAGAAGCCAGUCAGAUCAAAUAGCACACAUGCGCCUGUGGAGAACAACAUGGAUCACUCUAGAGAAUCUUGGGAUGGUAGAGCACUGAGCUCGAGUGGAUCCAUGUUUGGGGUCACCAAGAUGUCUGAAAUUGUUCAGCGGAAGUGCAAGAAUGUGGUGAACAAGCUCCAGAAAAGGAUUGACAAGGAUGGUCCACAAAUUAUACCUUUAUUAACUGAUUUUUGGAAGAGGAACGAGAACUCUGGUUACAUGAGUGGCACGGGUGGGGGUACUAUCUUGGAUCUACGGAUGGUAGAUUACCGGGUGGAGAGAUUAGAGUAUAAUGGAGUAAUGGAUUUCGUCUCGGAUGUGCAAUCCAUGCUGAAAAAUGUGGCUCAGUACUUUGGCUUCUCGUACGAGGUAAGAUCUGAAGCAAAGAAAGUGCAAGAUCUAUUCUUCGAUAUAAUGAAGAUUGCAUUUCCAGAAGCAGAUCUGAGAGAGGCCAGGAACGCAGUUAUGUUUUCUGCUGCUGCUGUGGCCCCUAAACAUGGUCCGAUUGGCCAAAGCAAGCGACAUAAGCUUAUCAAUGAAGUGGAAACUGAGUUAAUUCCUCCGCCAAAGCUACAUUCACGCAUGCCAGCAUCUGUUGACGAAGAGGUGAGGGUCCGUGGUCCUAUGUCAAAGUUCCAAAAGGAAUCAAGGCUUGCAAGUAGCAGCAGUAUACGGGAGCUGAAUCAACCUGUCGAGGCACCGUCAUUUACUCAUCCAGGAGAGUUGGUCAUCUGCAAGAAAAAAAGGAAUGACAGGGACAAGUCAGUGAUGAAGCCAAGGACCGCUGGUCCUGUAUCUCCUCCGAGUGUGGGUCGAAAUGUCAGAGGCGGUCUGGGUCCCCGUUCUAUUCCAAUCGAGAGAGAUGGCAAGUUUAAUCAACAGUCUACCCAGCAAAACAGGUGGGCACACCAACCGGGUACUCAGCAGCCUGAUGGCGGUGGUAGUGGUAGUGGUAGUGGAGGGAAUUUGGGUUGGGCAAAGCCUGUAAAGAGAAUGAGAACAGAUACUGGUAAAAGAAGGCCGAGCCAUUUAUAGACUUGAUAACUUUGAAGAGUGUAGAUAUAGUGAAAAAAAAAAGAAAAAAGAGGGAAAUUGUUGGUAAUUGAUUUUUAGGUGCAAGUUUAUGGGGUCUUCUGUAAAAUCAGUCUUCAUUACUGUCAAUAUAUUUGUAACACCUCAGAUUCUUGUCUCUCUGCAUCUCAUAUUGUAGUCUAAAUUGGUCAAAGCAGAGAAGAAACCAUAGUCCUUAGUCUCCAAGAAGGUUUUAGUUAACUUAUUGCCAGUUCCAGUUAGCUGCAUUUUGUUUGCAGCCAUGAUUUAUGUUGUUCUUUGCAACUCCAUAUAGCCUAUGCUAGAACAGCACUGCAGAUGCCUGCGUUGAUCUCGAUCACAGCCAAUUUCGACUUGAAUUCGUGUAGUAUUGAAGUUUGGUUUCUUAGCACAUGAAAAUCUUGAACUUGGGUCCUCCACCUCCAGCAUUAGGUUUGAACCCUGAAUGAGAAAAGACUCGACAGAAUUGCUCAUUUUUCUUGCUGUUUGUGUAUUGAUGGAGUCAUCAUCAAAGAUUUUAAUCCUUUAUAAUAAUCACCUUCUGCUGAAAUAA